AUCGUGGACCUGGACGUGAAGCGGAACCGGAACCGCGAGGCGCUGCGGGCUCUGCACAAGGACCCCGACCCGGACGAUAAAGCAAUGGUCUGCUUUGGAAACAUGUUCAUUGAGCUGCCAAAAUCAAAGACUAAGGAGAUGAUGCAGAAAGAUCAGGAGCACUUGGAUGAGGAAAUAAACAAGCUUCGGAAAGAGCUGCGUGUGAAGGUCAACCGUCUCUUUGAAGCUCAAGGUAAAGCUGAGCUGAAAGGAUUUAAUCUGAACCCCAUGACUCCUGAGGAAAUGAAACUAAUCAAUCGCAUACUGGAGGGCUGAGAUGGCAGUGGCAUCACCAUGACCAUGGGCAAAUAGUGUUGCUUAUCAAGGCAUUAUUUAGGCUGUCACGUGUGGAAUUCAUACUGCUCUAUCAGUGGCCAACCUCCAGGGUUUUCUUUAGGAGAACAUCUGUAUUCCUGGAACCUUUCUCAAGUGGUAUUUACCUGGUAGGCUUGGGGAGGCAUUUGGCUCCUCAAAUAGAACGCUGCAAUUUCUUUGGACUAUAAACUGUUCCUGCUUCUUGCUGGAUAAAGAUUGGGCGCUGGAACUGUGCAGAGGAAAACGUUAGAACACAGGCUCAUUCAAGGCAUUUGACAAACUGCCAUUGCUAGGGUGGAAGUGGGAUUAUUAAAAUCUGAGAAACUAAGCAUUCCUAAUAGUGUGCAUGUUCUGUUGUUGUUUUUUUUCUUUUUUAACGUAAUAUCUUCUGUAAGUUAGCUUCAGAGCUAGUUCAUUCUAGUGUCGGAACAGGAGUAGGAGGGAACGAACUGUGAAUCCACAGUGUGUCCAAAGCAUAAAGGAAGAGUUGUGUAAGCCUGUGGUAUUAGAACAAAGUAAAACUAUACAUCAAAAACACUUCAGGAAUCUUUUUUAAAAAAAUGUGUGAAGAGGGAUACAAGAGGGCAGCAUCCUUCUAGUCUCCGUGGGAAAACAUUUACUACUGUCAAGUUGGAAGGCAAGAGAACAGGGAAAACAAGGCUUUCAAAACUAGAAGAAAGGAUAAAGUGUUAAAAAAAGAAAAAAAGACUGACAUAUCCUUGGCCUGUCUUGUAGUAAAAGGACAAUUGAUUUAACCAAUAGUUGUUUCCUCAAAGGUUUUAAAAUUUAUCUUCUGUACUACCCUAAUUAGUCUGAACUUGCUACCCCAACACAAGUUAAGACUAUAAUAAGACUAAGAAAAAUUAAACAUAAGUAGUAAUGGACUAAGUUGAGUUUGACUUCUUCUGUGUACAGGAAAGCAUCUAGGUCCUGACAAGCUCUUUCUUUUUUGAACUUCUUAAAUUCUAUUCAAAAAUAUCUUUAUAGAAGUUUAAACGUGGGAGUUUUACUUGUUUCGCUGGCUCUCUAGCUAGUUCACCUGUUCUGUCAAACUUCACAUGCCUAACACAAAAUUGCACCUGACCCUCUGCUUGCUCAGUUCCCUUUUGCAGCCUCUGAGCAGCUGCGUAAAACUUUAAACAGAACACCUCCGUUUUCCUGAUUCCCUAAUCAGCCUUCCAGUUUCAUAUGUUAGAUGUGAAUCCUCUAGACAACCUUGCAUUGCCGUGACCAGUUCCACAUAUGCGUGAAACUUGAACAGUGUUUAGACAGAAAAGUCCUGUUUCAGACUCCUUAAAACUGAGGGGUGUUUAAAAAAUAUUUAAAAAACAACUAAUCUUAAAUUUAAGUUUUAAAAUUCCGUAGCUUUGCAAGAGGCAAGGAUGUCCACUACAGGCUUAAGUUUCAGAUACACAGAUUAAAAAUAACGUCAGCUUGUGAACUGAGCUGUUUUGCUGUAGCUUUUCAGAAAGUUACGUCUCUUCUAAACGUGAGCAGUUCAUGUUUAGACAUGAGCAGACAUGUUGUUCAGUCCCAGUAUUAUAACUGCACUCUUGCAUAACCUGUAUAGUACAGCCAGUAAGUGUCUCCGUAACAUGUGAUGGCAAGGUUAUUUUUACAGUAUCACAGCAACAGGUUUUAUGAUCUGACAUGUUUCCAUAGUAGUGGCAGUAAGAGGAUCAGAUGCCUGCCUUCCUUAAAAGCUCUGUUUUGCUCUGCAGAAUGUGUUCAGCUCCUUUAUUUCCUUACGCAGUACAAAACUAACCUAUAUGAGUGACCCACAAAGGACAGCUAAGAAGCUAGCAUCGCUAGCGUCACCCAUUACAAAGUAUUUUAUUCAAAUUCUUCUAGCCGCUUGGUUCUAAAAUGAUGUCAGCAUAUUUGAUCCAAAGA